AUGAAACAUCCAAUCGCAUUUAAUAUCAUCGUUAUCAUCUGUAGCUUAAUGAAUAUCGUGACUUUUGUACAAGCCCAAGGAUAUGAGGUUAUACUCAUGUUACAUCUUGGAUCCGAUAAGGAAACCUCAUUUAUCGAGAAUAGACAAUAUUGUACUAUUUGGAUGGAGGAUGUCAACAGGAAAUUCAUAACUUACAUACCUCCAAAUGUUUAUCCUAGAGAUUGGUAUGUGUUCUAUUGUAACGGUGACGGUCAUAAGAACAGAAUUGCAACCUUGACUACAUUAGAUAAUUCUACGACAUUUUGGGUUCAUUCUAGUAUGGAGGAUUCUUCAACAGCAGAAAAAAUCCGUGGUGGAUAUAAUGAAAAUAAGUGUUUCGAUUUACAUGGUGAUACCGCAUUCAAAUG